AGUUUUGGCGCACGCGAAGCUGUUCUUGGAAAUUGUUGGUUUUGUGUUUUAUUAAUAUUAGCGCAAUUGAAUUGGAUCGCACAAUGAAGCUGAGCACGGGUGCGCACUCGGAUGUCGAGGGCGAGGAUGCCCAUGGCCAUGUGAUGUGCAACUUAGCUUCCGAUCACCUAGCUACCAAUGCCAAUGAAGUGGUUGCGGGCAACGACGAGACGGUCGAAGAUGGAGGAACCUCGAAGGACGCCGUAAUAAGUACGCCAGUGAACCGACUGGUAGUGCCGAGUCCCACCCAAAACGCCGAAGAGCAGGAGUCCGAGGCGGAUGCGGAGAGCCAGCGGCAGACGCCAACACAAAAGCAGACUCGUCUACCCGUUGCAAACCGGAAACGCGAUCUUAUAAACUUGCAAUCUGCCCUGAGUCCCAAAUACAUUGGCUAUGCCAACGCCAACUCACCCACGCCUCUCUCCGACUCUGACGACACGGUUCGGACCACAAGGAGACGCGUAAACCAAGCCCUAAAUAACAGCAGCAGUACCAGCGAGACCUUGUCCCGCGACAAUGCAUCCCCAAGGACCACCGGGGCUGGAGGGGCAGGAUCAAGCGGCGGCUCUCAGCUGCUCAACAGCAAGAGAUAUAUGAGUCCCAUCGAGAAGCUGCUGAUUAAGAACGGCGCCAGUUCGCCCAACAGCACGGGGUUCGAGGCAGACGCCGAGGAGCUGGCACCUCGGCCAGCCGUUCGCAAGCAGCUCAAGCGCAAAAUGAAGCGUAUUAAUAAGUCAAAGAUGCCCAUUGAGCCGGAGGCAGAGCCCCAGGAAGAAAAGUCAGUAAAUAUAGAGCUAAUCAGUGAAGAAGCCCCCUUGCCAAUAGAACCCCCAAAAACAGAGAAUGAGACUACAACGAUUAAAAUCGAGACUGAGGCCGAGAAUGAUACGCCAAUAGAAGUUCCCGAAACGGUGGAGGACAGUGCCAGCUUAGAUGAAGAUGGCAAUCCAGGAGAACACAGUCCAGGAGUUGUCUCUGAUGAACCGAAAGACCUGAACAACAGUCCCGAACAAAUGACAUUUGCACUGCCAUUGUCCGCUUCCACAGAUAUGGACAUCAAAUAUUCCCCAGAUUUGACCGCCACUGCCCUGGCUAGUUCAGUAAAAUCUCCCUCCUCCGUGAGCAUAGACAGCGCCAAAGGCCUGUCCAUAGUCACAGAUCCAGGGUGGCCCACCUACCAAGUGGGUGAUCUGUUCUGGGGCAAGGUCUUUUCGUACUGCUUCUGGCCCUGCAUGGUGUGUCCAGAUCCUACUGGCCAGAUUGUGGGUAACAUGCCGAGCCAUCCGCAGCGCUCUUCCCUGGACAACGCCGCGGUGCCAAUUCAGGUGCAUGUGCGCUUUUUUGCGGACAACGGGCGUCGCAACUGGAUCAAGCCAGAGAACCUGCUGACCUUCGUCGGACUCGAGGCCUUCAAGGAGCUGCGAGAGGAGGUGCGCAUUAAGCACGGACCAAAAAGCGCCAAAUACCGUCAAAUGAUACCCAAGCGGCCGAAUGUUGCCAUUUGGCAUCAGGCCAUCGACGAAGCCCUGGUUAUGACACAGAUCCCGUACUCCGAUCGCCUCGAAAAAUUCUACCAGAUCUGCGAGAGUGUGGUCACACUCAAUAAACAAAAACGCAAACGAACCAAAUCUAUGAUGCAGGACACUUCGGAUGUUGGCAGCAGUCUUUACGACUCUACGGAUAAUUUGCACAACAAGCAAGCACCGCUGUUGGUGUCCGUGAAGCGAGAGCGCUCUGAGUCGCCCUUCAGCCCGGCUUUCUCGCCCGUGAAGAGCAAAAACGAAAAGCGGGCCAAGCGCCGUAAACUGAGCGGCGGCACUGAGGCGGAUACUGGGAGCACUGCCAUGACUGUAGUGACUCCUUCCCCUACCGAAACUGGCUUGGAAAAGAACCUUUCGCCGGAGGGCGUGAAUAUUUACGCCAACCCCGAGUUCGGGCAACUGUUUGACGCCGUCAAGGAAUACGUGAUGGUGCACCGGUCCGAGGAAAAGGUGGAGAAGGUUUUGCUUGCCGUGGUCAGCAAUAUCUGGUCGCUAAAGCAGAUCCAGUUGCGCGAACUCGAGCGUGACUUAGCUAGUGGUGAGAUGGAGCAGCCUUUGGGCUCUUCGGUGGUGGAGCGUGGGCGUGGCGCCGGGACAAUUAAAAGACUCUCAAACCGCCUAAAAACCAUGAUGAUUCGACGCAGCAUGACCCCCGUAGUGACGCCCAGUUCAACGCCGGUACCUUCGGAGCCAGAUCGACGUAUCUCCGAGGCGCCCAAGCCAAAAAAGACCUUUAACAGGCCCAUCGAGGAGGUGGUUGAGGACAUCUUGCAGCUGGACAGCAAGUACCUCUUCCGAGGGCUUAGCCGUGAGCCGAUCUGCAAGUACUGCUAUCAGGUGGGCUCCAACCUGCAGCGAUGCUCGCGCAGUUGCAACAGCUGGCUGCAUGCCGAUUGCCUGGAACGCAAGGAGAUGGGAAGCCGAAAGGCAGCCGUUAUUUCGCCCACAUCCAAGUCGCCCAGUCCGGACGACCAGCACGUAACAGCCGACGCGAAGGAGGUUGCUAUUGUGGCUACACUGACUUGUCAUGAGUGCAGUAUAGGCGAACCGGAGGGCUGUGUCAUCUGCCACCAGGUAGCGUCGCCGUCCACUGAUUUACCAGGAACUCCAAUCAAAAAGGAGGAUCCAGCACAAAUUGCUGUGGAGGAUAAACUCCUAACCUGCAGCCAACCACUGUGUGGCAAGCUGUUCCACGCAGGAUGCUGCAAGUAUUGGCCGCAGGCGAUCAGUAGCAGGAACUCGGCACGCUGCCCGCGUCACGUGUGCCACACGUGCGUCUCCAACGAUCCCAGCGGCAAGUUUCAGCAGCUGGGCAGCUCCAAGCUGGCCAAGUGUGUCCGAUGUCCAGCCACCUAUCAUCAGGACUCUCAUUGCAUUCCAGCUGGCACCCAGAUGCUGAACGCCACUCACAUAAUCUGUCCGCGCCACAACAUCGCCAAGGCGGAUGCUCACGUGAAUGUACUGUGGUGCUACAUCUGCGUGAAGGGCGGCGAACUAGUCUGCUGCGAAACGUGCCCCAUAGCCGUGCAUGCCCACUGCCGCAACAUUCCGAUCAAGAAUAACGAGAGCUACAUUUGCGAGGAGUGCGAGAGCGGCCGUUUGCCAUUGUACGGCGAAAUUGUGUGGGCCAAGUUUAACAACUUCCGCUGGUGGCCGGCCAUCAUCUUGCCGCCCACCGAGAUACCCAGCAACAUCCUCAAGAAAGCUCAUGGUGAGAAUGACUUCGUCGUCCGAUUCUUUGGCACCCACGAUCAUGGGUGGAUUUCGCGGCGCCGGGUUUACCUCUACAUCGAGGGAGACGCGGGCGACAGUCAGAAGACCAAGUCCCAGCUGUCCAGGAACUACACCACCGGAGUGGAAGAGGCCUCUCGCUUUCUGAAGAUCGUUAAGGCUCGGCGUCAAGAACAAGCCAUGGGACGCCAAAGUGCCGCUAAGCUCCAUCCGCCGCCAUACGUGAAAAUCAAGGCCAACAAGCCCGUGCCGCCUGUGCGGUUUACCCAGAAUCUCGAGGAUUUAAAUGUCUGCGGCUGCCAGCCGACCGAUGAACAUCCAUGCGGACCAGACUCAGGUUGCCUUAAUCGCAUGCUCUUCAAUGAGUGCAAUCCGAACUACUGCAAGGCUGGCAUUCGCUGUGAAAAUCAGAUGUUUGAGCUGCGUAAAUCACCGCGACUGGAGGUGGUGUACAUGAACGAGCGGGGAUUUGGACUUGUAAACCGCGAGCCCAUUGCCGAGGGAGAUUUCGUCAUCGAGUACGUGGGCGAGGUUAUUAAUCACGCCGAGUUUCAACGGCGCAUGGAGCAGAAGCAGCGGGACCGAGACGAGAACUUCUACUUUUUGGGCGUGGAGAAGGACUUUAUCAUCGAUGCGGGUCCGAAGGGCAAUUUGGCGCGUUUCAUGAACCAUUCGUGCGAGCCUAACUGCGCGACUCAGAAAUGGACUGUCAACUGCAUUCAUCGUGUAGGCUUGUUUGCUAUUAAGGACAUUCCAGUGAACUCGGAGCUCACCUUUAACUAUUUAUGGGAUGAUUUAAUGAACGACAGCAAGAAGGUCUGCUUCUGUGGCGCAACUCGGUGCUCCGGUGAGAUUGGUGGCAAGUUGAAGGAAGGAGUGACCAAGGAAACUGGUGCCAAGCUGAAGCAAAUACGUCGGAUAAAAAACUCCGGCGUUCGCAUCCAUAUUGCUCCUGAAAAAAAGGUCAAAAAGACUCCCAAAGUGAAGCACAUUAGUGCCGACGACGAGCCAAUAGAAGUCAAGCAGGAGCAAUAAAAUGGGCUCUUUAGAUAAAAACGAUUAUCUCUCAAUUAACCUAUGUCUUUAAAACUUUACAUGAUUGUUGUAUUAUAAAUUAAUAUUUUCAAAUUUACCUGCAUGUAUUUAUUUCUGAAUAGUUACGAAUGUGUUUAGAAGACAAUUAGUCUGCCGUUUGCUCCCCAAGCCGAUGUUAUUAAAAAUGAGAGUACACUUUUUUAA